AUGGAAACUGUGUCUAGUGUGCUUGGUAUCACAGGAAGUAAAGUUGCCCUGCCUUGUAACAUAACACCUCCAGUAAACGACGAUGCAGUCGCGCUCAUUCUUUGGUACAAAGACGAUAUUACUAAACCUAUUUACAGUGUCGAUGCUCGCAAAACAAACAUUGAGCAGGCAAGACACGUGACAGGAGAGGCUGUUUCCACUAGGGUCAGCCUUAGUUUAGAUGAUAAUCCCUCAAUAUUAUAUUUGGAAUAUUUAACUGAAGAGGACGAAGGAGAGUAUCGGUGCAGAGUGGAUUUUCGAAGAGCGAGAAGUAGAAAUGGAAUUGUUUAUCUUCAGUUAGUCGUGCCUCCUAAGAAACCUAUUAUUACUGAUCAAAAUGGCGAAAUUUUGGAGAGUUUAAUAGGACCUUAUAACGAAGAGGACGAUCUCCAUUUGAUUUGUGAAGCAGAAGAAGGAAAGCCUCUGCCGUCUGUCACCUGGUGGCGAGAAUCAGUACUAUUAGAUGAUACCUAUACCGUAACGCCACAUGGUGUUGUACGAAACGAGCUUGAAAUCCAGUCGUUGAAACGACACGACCUAAUGGCUGUUUUCACUUGUCAAGCUUCUAAUAACAAUUUUUCACAACCGGCGAUUGCUGCUGUAACCGUUGAUAUGAACUUUCGGCCUGUCUCAGUCAAGCUGGACGGAGGGCCAAGAUCUAUGUCGGCAGAUAAACCUGAGGAUCUUUUGUGCAAAAGUGCUGGUUCAAAACCACCUGCCGUCAUAUCUUGGUGGAUGGGUACAACUCGACUGAAACACAACAAAGAUACAGUAUCAACGGACGGCAACUUCACAACCAGUGUCCUCAGAUUCAGACCAUCCAUUGAGGAUAACGGAAAGACGCUUGCAUGUAGAGCGGAGAAUCCCCUUAUUGCUGGUUCUGCUUUGGAUGAUACGUGGGAAUUGGAAAUACACUAUGUGCCUCAGCUGGUCUUACGACUAGGAAGCAAAUUGCGCCAUUUCCGAAUUCAAGAAGGAAACGAUGUGUAUAUGGAAUGUGACAUUCGUGCCAAUCCUUGGGUUACUGAAAUUGGAUGGGCCUUUGAAGGAAGAGAAUUACAUACCAAUGUUUCUGCAGGGCUCAUAAUUAGCAAUCAAUCAUUAGUUCUUCAGAAAGUUCAAAGGACAAACAGAGGCCAUUAUACCUGUUCUGCUUCCAACUCAGAGGGAAUGGGAGAAAGUAAACCUCUCUAUUUAUCAAUACAAUAUUCUCCAGUUUGCGUCCCGGGGCAAAAAAUACUCUACGGUGCAACAAAGCAUGAAGAGGUCAAAGUUAUUUGUGAAGUGGACGCUGAUCCAACUGAUAUCACGUUCACGUGGAGUUUCAACAAGUCCGGAGAGAAUAUUGAAGAUGUUCCUUUUGUGAAUGAAGGUACUCGUAGUAUUGCAACGGUCACUGCCAAAACAGAUUACGACUACGGAACUCUUACAUGCUCCAGCAGCAACGGCGUGGGUAUUCAAAGAGAGCCAUGUGUGUUCACUGUUAUUACGGCUGGUCCACCAGAACCUGUUCAGAAUUGCACCAUCAUGAACGUUACCCAGCAUUCCUUUCGCCUGGAAUGCAUGGAGGGAUCGAAUGGCGGUUUAAGACAGUUUUUCGUCAUGGAAGUUCACGACACAGCAUUGCACAGUCUGAGAGGCAACCAAACUGCUGACUUGCCAUUCUUCUUAGCAAGAGAUCUUCCCCCUGCCACCAGCUUUGUUGUCGUUGUAUAUGCUGUGAAUGCGAAAGGAAGGAGCCAAGCUGUAGUCCUUAGAGCUAAUACUUUGAGCAUUAAGCAGGUUGAACAACAAAAAGGCAGUCGAUGGCAGUUGACGUCACAGGUUAUGAUCGUCAUUCUUUCAGCAUUCAUACUUGUCAUUCUCCUCUUAGGGAUAGCCCUCAUUAUCAUAAGAAAAACAAGAAGAAGAAUGCAAGAUCAAAAAAGAAAUGCUAAGAGGAAUUCAAAAACAUCAGAUACUAUGUUUAAAAAUAGCAAAGAAGGUAAAGGAGACAUGUGCAUGUGCCCAUCAGACGAAGAUGAAAAGCCUCAUGUAAUGACACCAGAGGUUAUAACUAUGGCCAAUUACGUAGAUAAUCAACUAUACUACCCAAGAGAUAAACCUCCUUCGCCUUCUUAUAUUGGUGAUCAAGAAAAAGAUGAACCACUGCGUCGACGGGACAAUGUUUUUGUAAGGUUACAACAUUCCCUAACAAGAAGGAAAAAGGGUUCUGAUUUGACAAAAAUUAGUGAAGAAAGUCAAAUACACGCGUUUCAUUCUAACCCUUUAGAAAAGAAAAAUUUUGUUCAACUUCCGGACGCUAUUAGUCAACAUAUAUCAACAGAAACAAUGAUUGCUGAUGAUCCUCACAACCGAUGGUACUCCGAUGUGCAGUCCGGCUUGGAACCCGAACGAAUUCACAUCAUUACUGGAAUCACGACUCCUUGUUGACCGCUCGGAUGAGGAUUACAGGUCAUCAGAAGAUAAGAAGAAAAAGAUCGCCGUUCACGAUCUUCGAAUUGUCUUCAAGCUCAGAUAAGAGAUCAAGGGAGAAACUCACAAUUCUUCACAUUUAAAUUUUCUACCAGAAAUAUUUGUAGGAUUUGGAGGCUUUAAUAAUUUGCAUGUACUCAUCUGAGAGUUUUAUAUUUACUCAAAUUUGUAUUUAAAUAUAUUUUGUUAAUAUUUAUUUUCUUAAGUACUACUGAGUUUGUCAAUUCAAAUCGGAAAAUUUAUAAGUUAGAGCACUUUAAUACUUAACCUUCAUAUCGAAAGUAUGUUACUCCACAGUGUUAGAAUUUUCAUUCUAAAAUUAUGGCAAAAAUAACCGGUUAAUUGGAUGGCUGUAGUCUGUCCUUCCCAUUAAUCGUAAAAGUAAAAAAAAAACAUUAUUUUACCUUUACGGUUUUGUAACUCUUUACAGCUAGUAUAGUUAUAGAGCCAUAAAUACAAAACUAUACGGUUUUUUAACCAUUUACAAGUAGCAAAGUUUCAAAACAGUUAAAAUCGGAUUUUGGAGCUAGGUUUUGCGUUAAGAAAUGGGCAUUGGAGAAUGCGGAACAUUAGAAAUUCGUUGAAAAAUGAAGGAAGAGGAAGAUACAUUGUGGUGUCAAUGCUGGGACUCGAACACUUGUUCUGUCGGUCACCUGUUCUGACAGAAUAUUAGCCCUUUCGGCUAUAAUAUGUACGCAACAGCAUGGAACUAAGUUACUUCAUUAGGUAUGUUUAGUUGAUGCGAUAAAAGGCGGGUUGUUUAACCUAUUAGGUGAAAUCAACAAAAGGUGAAUAAGGUGAAAGUUUUCAUAUGGUGUUUCAAGUCUGUUAAACUAAUGCAUCUAAACAUUUCAGAAAUGGAUUAUAUAGGUAAAAAUGGAUUGAAAAUAUUCCAAUAGUAAACGUAAAUAACACAAAUCUUAAUUCCUAAAAUUCAGGUACUGUAAAUAAUUCCUGAUCGAAUUGGACAAUCCGAAACAGUACUGGCACUGUGGAGUGCAUGUUCCUAAAAAUUCCUUUAACCUUAAAGACCAUUUUUACUGUAAAAUUUUACCCUGCAUAUUUUAGUGUAAUAUUUAUUUAACUACAGUGAUUCAGUCAUUUUUCAAUAGAUGUUACUGAAAAAUUUACGUUAUAUCAGUCUUUUUUUAGUACAAUUUUAAAAUUUUACCAGAAAAAAAUACCGGCAUCCUGAGUGCCGGUUUUUUUUACCAUAAUUUAACCCAAAUAUUUUUUUAAAUAUGCUCUUUGACAUUUUUGCACCAAAGGAUAUUAAUUUAACUUCUGAACUAAGAAAUAAUUUCAAAAAAUAGCACUUUAAUUUU